AUUUAUGUCAUUAUGAUCAAGAACUAUCAAAGAUAAAAUAUGUUAAUAUAACCAAAUAAUAUGUUUUAAAUUGAAUAAAAAUAUAAUUCUUAUCAAAGCAAUGCUUAUUAUAGCAUAAAAUAAUAAUAUCUUAACAAAAAAUGGAAGAUAUGGAAUACAGUGAAGAAGAAGAAUCGGAGGAAAGAAAUCUUAUUCCUGAAAGGCUUCCUUCACCCAUUGAAAAUGUAUCUGAAGAAAAUGUAUUACCGUCUAAUAAUGAAGAAAAUGAUUCAAGUACUGAUACUGUUGCUGAUAGUUUAAUUAAUGAGCCAAUUACAAAAUGUCAAAAAAUCUCUGUGACAGAAGAAUCUUCAGCAGAUAAUAAUGAGAAUACAGAUGAUUCUGAUCAAUCGUGUCCAAUUUGUAUGGAAUUAUGGACAACAACUGGUGAACAUCGUUUGUGCUGCUUACGUUGUGGACAUUUAUUUGGACACAGUUGCCUUUUAAGGUGGUUACAGGUUUCUUGUACAUCUUCAAAUCGAAGAUGUCCUCAAUGUAAUAGAAAAGCUGCUGUAAAAGAUAUUAGGAUGUUAUAUGCUAAGAAAUUGGUAUGCAUUGAUACCUCUGAAUUGGAAACAAUGAAAAAUCAAUUGUCAACUGUAACAGCAGAAAAAAAUCGUAUCGAGGCAGAAUUAUCAAAAAGCAAUCUUCGACAAAAGUUAUAUGAACAACAAUUGACUACUAUGAAAAGUCGUAUUGCUGAGCUUCAAAGUCAACUCUCUACUACAAAAAGUGAUUUUAAUCGUUGUCAAAGUAUGUCAACAAAUACAAACACAAAAUUUCAUCUUGAACAUUCUUUAGAGAUUUGUAAAGAGGAUGGAUGCCGUGUAUUAGAUUACAAUCAUUGGUAUGGAUUAUUGGCCGUUUCGCAAAAAUCAGGAAAUUCAUUAUUCCCAGGAUAUGGUGUAAAAAAAAUAGAUGUCGAGAACUUUGUACCACGUCAAUUUCUAUUCCUUCAUUCUCAAGCUAUAAGAGACAUUAGUUUUCAUCCCUCGCAACAAUCUGUACUUCUAAGUGUUGGCUUUGACAAAAGUGCUAAAUUAAUUGAUAUCCAAAGCAAUACUAUAAUGCACUCAUAUACAACAGAUUUUACAUUAUGGAGUUGCUGCUGGUCAGGUGAUGAUUCUAAUAUUUUUUUUGCUGGUGCUCAAAAUGGAUCGAUAAUGCAAUUUGAUAUUAGACAAACAUCGACUCCCGUUGAUCUUUUAGAAAGUUCUACUGAUAGAUCACCUGUUAUUUCUUUAGCAACAGUACCUGCAUAUGCAGGAAGUGGAAUUAGCAGAGGUGGAUUUAUAGCGUGUCGUUUAAACAGUUGUAACGCGUACGAACUGAAGGAAUCUACAUAUAUAUCAAAAGAAAUGAAUUUACAAGGUCCUUUUGUCUCUGUACGUUAUGAUAAAAAAAAUAAUCACGCUCUUAUAUCUUGUCGACCUAACGAACGAUUACCUCAAGCAAGACAUAUUGUAUGUUCUAUUGAAAAAGGAAAUGAUGAAAUGGUUUUAUGCAAUAUUGUACAUACAUUUAAUGCUGGAAAUUCUCAACGUCUUUUGUCACGUCCUUGUCAUGUAUCUGUAGAAAACGAUACGCUAAUUGCUGUCCACCAAGAAUCUAUUAGUAGUAUUCCAUUUUGGAGUACAUCAACUGGCAAUCAAGUGCAUACACUUCCAGUAUCUGAUCCAAUCAUAGAUAUGUGUUCUUUCAAAAUUAAUGACAAUGUAUAUUUAGCAACUCUUUCUGCAAGAAAACUUAGAAUGUACAAACAUAACUCCUUGUGACAAUGAUACUUUUGCUAACUAUUAUUACUUAUUAGUCAGUUACCUUAUUUGUGAUCUAUUGGAAACAUAAUUUAAAAAUAUUACAUGUAAAUAUUUACUUUGAAUGUAAUAAUAACUUAUGAAUCUAC